AUGUCAGCAACUUCCGUCAUCUCACAACUCAAGGGCCUGCUCGUUAAGGCCGAGGAAUUACCAUCGAAAUUCUCUAAAAUCUACCCAACCGAUGGCCAGUGGGAUAUUCUAAGCGACUUGAGCAUGAGCUUUUCGAAAGCGGCGAAGAAGAUUGAGAAUGAAAUCCAAGUGUUGAUGGAUUCGAGGGCUGAACGAGCUUGGAAAGAAAGCGAAGCACACAGGCUACGCGCACAGACCUUGAGAGGCGAUCUUUUCGCGAAUGGUCGAUUGAAACACGCGCCAGUAUUCAGAAGAAACAUUGUCACAAUAUUUGAAGGCCCAAAGGAUUCAAUUUUCGAUUCCGAGGACUUGAAGUUCAGGAAAGCAUCCACUCGUAAGAGGUGUGAGCAGCUUCGAGGCUUGAGUCCUGAUGGCGUGAUCUCAUGGGCAAUGGCUUUUGCGCCUUCUCUUUGGGCUGGAGGCACGAUGGCCUCGGAUGUGUUCACCUGUCUCCUUGACGACAUCGAACCUGAGUUGGUCCAGCCGUGGCCACAAACGAUACGAGAAACGUUGCACGCACUCAGGAAAGAUGAAGAAUCUCUACAGAAAUCUCUUGAAUACAACAACUUGCUCAACGCAAUCGACAAUCUAUCACAGAAGCCAGUACACCAUAGAAAAAGAAAACGCUUCGAAGAUGAAAGUGAGCGAGUGGUACCCGUCGAUGCACCGCCCGAGGACAUGAGACACGAUAGUGAGCAAGCAGCACCAGCCGAUUCCCUACCACCAUCCGAGGAAAUGAGAGAAAUGAAGCAUAUAUACACGAAUGGACCAGCUGACCACAUAUCGAGAAUGCCAGAGCCAUUCAGAACAUUCGUUCAGAAUGGCCGUUUGUGGAAAUGGGAAAGAAGCCAAGGACUAAAGACGACAGGGUGCUGGCCUAGUUUGUUUCCUCAAGAUGACAAACAAGACGUCUCGUUUACUAUAUGGUGUAGUCAUGAAGAUGGAUAUCGACUCAACGACAUCUUCGGUUCACAGCUCGCAUUAUCCUCCUAG